AUGGCCGCUUCUUCUUCUGCACCUUCUAAUGGUGAAUGGAAGUAUGAUGUAUUCCUCAGCUUUAGAGGUGAAGACACUCGCAAUAAUUUUACGAGCCAUCUUUAUGCCGCUUUGUCUCGGAGAAAAAUCGAAACCUUCAUAGAUUAUGAGCUUAGGAGAGGAGAUGAAAUCUCUCCUGCACUCUUAAAAGCAAUCGAAGAGUCUAGCCUUUCGAUAGAAACAAACUGGGAGCUAGAAGAAGCAUUUGCUAAACAUGAAAAACAAUUGAAGAAAACAAAAGAGAAGGCGAAAAGUUGGAGGGCAACUUUGACACAGGUGGCCAAUCUAUCCGGUUGGCAUAUACAGCAGCAUGAUGGAUCAGAAUCAGAACUUGUGGAAAACAUUGUCAAAGAAGCUGAAUCAUAUGUCCUCAAGUGA